AUGAAAUUUAUUAUUAUACGAGUAUAUAUCAAAUUGGUAUCUUUUAUCAAAAUUUAUAUAAUUGUUUUCUUUAUAGUUCUUCAACUCAAUUCGGCCUACAUAAAGCAGCUCAUCCGAAAUGGAGACGUGGAAAAAUUAGAACAGGCCGUACUCGAAGGCCAAGGAAAAAAAUUGGUCGGCGAAUACUCGGCCGACUACAAGACCAGAACCUUCCUUAAAUCAAUACCCGCUCUAAUGAGGAACAAAUAUUGGUAUUGCUCACGACCUCACAAUCAUAAAAAAAUAGAAGCAAGAAAAAACAGGGAAAAUAUUUGUUAUAUUAAAAACGGCUUACUCUUCCUUAACGGUACCUACUAUAGAGCAGAUGAAUUUGCACAAACUGAGGAUCUAAACCAUAAACAAUUACACAGUGCACCCAGCACUCCUAGCAUCCACAAAAAUACAGAUCAACUUCCAGAAAACUCUGUAACAACCAUACAGCAAAAUCAAAUUAUAGAAAAAAACUUAGCUUCCAUCAUACAACACGCAUCGUCUGAAAAUCCAUCAGAGCUAAUAAAAGAUACACCUACGAAAAAUUUGAGGAAAGAAAAUAGAUUUAAGGAAAAAUAA